AUGGAAGUAGGGGAGAAGCGCAUUACGACCAGCUUGAAUGCGGUGAUAACCGAAGACCCGUUGACCUAUAGUUUGGAGAAGCUCGAGAAAAUAGACCCUGAAGUUGCAUCCACCCUUAAGCCUUUAGAUCUUGAGACAGAAGAAGUUCAACCACCAGUGACUCCACAAAAAUUGAAAGAGGAACAAAAUAUCGCAAUAGUGGCUGCAGCACAAACUGCUAUGAUCCCACCUAAAAUGGGCGACCCAAGAAUCUUCACGAUCCCAUGCUCUAUCGAAGGGACCUUCAGUGGCCAAGAUGAUGGGGAAGCGGCUUUGGUUUGGGUCUUGCGGGACCAUGAGGGGAUUCUUCCUGGUGCGGGAUGUCGGCAUGUUUGUGGUGCGGGAUGUCGGCAUGUUUGUGGGCAGUAUAAUCCAUUGUUGAUGGAGAGGGAAAAGGUGAUGAUUCCUCCAGAAAAAUCAUGCAUAUUUCUAGAUGGUAGUGGCCGUAAAACAACUGAAAUUCAAUGGAAUGACUAUAUAACUACAGCUACUAGUCCCACCUUCACUUCUUUUGCAGAAAACCUCGUGGUACAAGGCAUUACAUUUAGGAAUACUCAUAAUGCAGCAGGAAAUGUGAGGAAACGUGAAGAUAUAACACCAGCAAUUGCAGCUCGCAUAGAAGGAGACAAAGGGAUAUUCCAUAAUUGUGGCUUCAUCGGGCUCCAAGAUACUUUGUGGGACGGACAUGGCCGUCAUCUAUUCACUCAAUGCUACAUUGAAGGUGUCAUUGAUGUCAUAUCUGGUUUUGGUCAGUCUAUCUAUAAGAAAUGUGUGAUAAAUAUACCAAUCAAUGUGUAUGCUCCAAUACUAAAUAUUGGUUACAUAACAGCUCAAGGAAAGAAUAAUGCAAGUGAAAGCAAUGGGUUUGUAUUCAUUGGAUGCACAGUGAUGGGAAGUGGGAAUGUUUUUCUUGGAAGGGCUUAUAGACCUUUCUCCACUGUCAUUUUCCAUCUAUCUUUUCUACCAUCUUGCAUUAGCCCUGCUGGUUGGAAUUCUUGGGAACAACUUGGCCAUGAGUAA